AUGUCUAUUCUCAGCCUUCUUUGCGUCCUGGGUAGCAUCUUCUUGGUCGUCAGUGCAGACUUGGUCGUCGUGGAACACUUGGACCAGCCGCCUGAUGGAUGGACCAAGCUGGGAGCUGCCAACGCCAGUCAACUCAUCCGGCUCUCCAUCGCGUUAGAGUCUCAGGGCCACGACGUGUUUGAGAGAACGCUGCAAGAAGUCUCAGAUCCCACGCACCCACGGUAUGGGCAGUAUCUGUCUCGUGACGAAGCAGUUGCUUUAGUACGGCCCCGGCCGCGCUCCGUUGCCGUUGUGCGCGAGUGGCUGUUGUCGGAAAACGUCACGCAAGGUCAGGUUCAGGAGCGCGGGCUCUUUGUGGACGCCGUCAUGACCAUUGGCACUGCUGAGAAUCUCCUGUCUACCACGUACGGCUUGUUCCAACACGGCAAGCAAAGGGCCAUCGGGGCCCUGGCAUACUCUGUGCCGGCAGAAGUGCGGCCGCACAUCACAUCUAUCCAGCCUACGACAUUCUUUGAGUCUGGAAACUUGUUCAAGAAAUCUCCACGGAUGUCGGGAGUAGGGAUCGCGACGGCUCGCAGACGCAACCCAGGCGUACGAGCAAGGUCGACGGGGCUGCAAGACUGCGAGAAUUACAACACGCCCGAAUGUCUUCGCGGGCUGUAUAAGAUGAGCAAUGACUACACAAAGCCACACAGGUCAUCACUGUUGGGAGUGGCUGGAUUCCAUGGACAAGCAGCGCAGUAUGACGAGCUGGAGAAGUACUUGGACACAUAUGCCCCGUACGCCAAGGGGGCCAACUUUUCCGUCGAGCUCAUCAACAACGGUACCAAUCCCCAGGGCGAGUAUCCCGGGUUCGAGGCCAACAUGGACAUUCAAAUCGCCGUUUCAAUGGCGUUCAGGGUGCCGGUCCGGUUCUACUCCACGGGGGGAGAGGGCCACGAAUUCAUCCCCGACCUGGACGUUUACGACCCCGAGAAGCAACACCUCGAGCCGUGGCUACAGUUUGCCAGCUACUUGCUGGACCUGCCCGACCGCGACUUGCCACAAGUCAUGUCCAUCUCAUACGGCGGCAACGAACAGGCGGUCCCCAAGCCGUACGCGCGCAGAAUCUGCCAAAUGUUCGGACUCCUCACGCUCCGCGGCGUGUCCAUCAUCCUGGCGUCGGGGGACCAGGGACCAGGCGUGUCCUGCCAGUCCAACGACGGCACCAACUCGACCAAGUUUCUGCCAGCGUUCCCGUCAGGAUGCCCCUACCUGACGGUGGUUGGUGCGACGGAGCGAAACGCCCCUGAGAGAGCGAUAAACUUUUCGUCCGGGGGGUUCUCGGAGUACUGGCCCAGACCAGCGUGGCAGGAGGCAGCGGUGUCGCGGUAUCUCGACGCGCACGGAGACAAGUGGAAGGGGUAUUACAACCGGGCUGGCCGUGGCUUUCCGGAUGUAUCUGCUCAGGGGAUCGGAUACCCCUUUUUCAACCACGGCGGAAACGCGAGCGGGGGAGGCACCAGUGCGUCGGCGCCAUUGUUCGCCUCCAUGAUUGCCGUCAUCAAUGAUAGUCGUAUGAAGAGGGGCAAGCCGCCGCUGGGAUUUCUGAAUCCCUGGCUGUAUCUAGGUGCCAGCCGCGCAUUCACAGAAUCGGAUGGCUGCAAGGGCACAAGCUUCAGCGGCGCAAAGGCACCAGUCAUUCCUGGAGCAGGGUGGGAUGCGGUAGAGGGAUGGGAUCCGGUUACCGGGCUGGGUACGCCAUUGUUUGACGAGCUGCAAGAGUUGGCGAUGGGAUAG